AUUUACCUGCGGGGUCUGUUCAGUCAUUUAGCAGCUUUUAAAACACACAAAAGAAAAGAAAAGUAAAGAAAGACAGGAAGCGUGUUUUAAAAGGCAGAAUCCUUCUCAGUACCGUACAACCCUCAUGCGCCACACACAGUGAUGGCCCACUCUGUUCUGAAUGCCCUUGUGAGAACUUCGGUGAAAACAUUAUGAAUCAGCAUGAUGGUGACUCUGUGUGGCGCCGCUGCUGUAGCGUCGCGCUUGUGACUAGCUUGGUGACACUGACUUUUUUUUUCCCAGCAGGGACUGAAGGGGCUCUCUGUGCCCCCCUGGCCAGUCUCGAGCCAAGCCGCCUUGGUCACACCCUUCCCAGCCUCCCCCCUCCCCUCUCCUCCCACUCUGCCCGCCAUGUUCUGGAGGAGGAGAUACGUGUAGCCUGGCUUUAGCUGGGCUUAGCAUUAGCAACACAUAGCUUGGCGGAGGCGCAACAAGCACCCCGAACGACGAAAUAAGUAACGUUACCGUAUCUCGGUUUUUCCCUCGGAAUUCAGGGAAAACGUGUUUAUGGGUUUACACCCCCGGACUAACACUAACUUAUAACCAGACGCAGCCCGAAAGAUGUGGUGAUGGCGUGUGCUUGUGUGCAGCCAGCACUGUGUGUGUGGAGAUGGUUUUAACAGACGCUGUUCUGGAGGACUCAGGAACACUGCACUGGCCUGGAGAAGCCUCAUAAACAAAACACACACUACGGGCACACACACCUGCACAGCUAGAAGAGUUACACAUACACGCGCCACCGCCGUGCCUUGAGAAAGGACAAGGGUGCACGGACAACAUAACGCAAGCUUCAGCUGAAGCACUCACGCAUUAACACCCUCUGUGUUAGCCUCUCUUGUGCGAGAGUGUACAUCGUAUUUCUCCCCGUCUGUCCCAUCUCCUCCGCCACCAUGCCAAGCUCAACCAUCCGCCGGCAGAUGAAGAACAUGGUGAACAACUACUCUGACGCUGAGAAGAAAGUCAGAGAGGCCACCUCCAACGACCCCUGGGGCCCGUCGUCUUCCCUCAUGUCCGAGAUCGCCGACCUCACCUACAACGUGGUGGCCUUCAGCGAGAUCAUGAGCAUGAUCUGGAAACGGCUCAACGACCACGGCAAGAACUGGCGCCACGUCUACAAGGCGCUCACCCUGCUCGACUACCUGAUCAAGACGGGCUCGGAGCGAGUGGCGCUGCAGUGCAAAGAGAACAUCUUCGCCAUCCAGACCCUGAAGGACUUCCAGUACAUCGACAGAGACGGCAAAGACCAAGGCAUCAACGUCAGGGAGAAGAGCAAGCAGCUAGUGGUCCUACUCAAAGAUGAGGAUCGCCUUAAAGGAGAGAGGUCUCAAGCUUUGAAGACCAAAGAGCGAAUGGCCCAGGUGUCCACAGGGAGCAGUCAGAUGGGCUUUGGCCGAGGCUCAUCUCAGCCCAACCUCUCCACUUCCUACAGCGAAGAGUACGGCAGGUCAGAGGGCUCACCUGCCUCAUACCACGGCUCCACGUCUCCCAAUGCUGGUUCAGAACUGGAGCAGGCCCGACCUCAGACUAGCGGAGAGGAGGAGCUGCAGCUGCAACUGGCUCUGGCUAUGAGCAGAGAGGCUGCAGAGCAGGAGGAGCGCAUACGCAGAGGGGACGACCUGAGGCUACAAAUGGCUUUAGAGGAGAGUAAGAAAGAAGGUCCAGAAUCAGUGAAGCUGCCGAAGAAGAAGAAAGAGCCACAGUCGUCAUUGAUGGAUCUGAUGGAUGUCCCAGAGCCUGGUGCCACUGCUGACCCCUGGGGCACAGGGGCCGGGGCGGUGGCUGGAGCAGCUGCUGGAGCAACUGCUGCAUCAGAAGACCCCUGGCAUCCUUAUGGGUCUGCCCCUAAGUCAGCAGCCCCAGUGGACCCAUGGGGCACUCCUCCUUCUGUCCCACCCAUGAAGAGCAGUGAUCCCUGGGCAUCCAACUCCACUCCUGCCUCUGAUCCCUGGAGCUCUGCAGCUGCCCGUCCUAAGACCUCCAACGCAGGUAGCUUUGACCUGUUCAAUGCAUCCAACGGUACGUCCAAAGAGGACUUCUCAGAGUUUGACAGCCUGCGCUCUUCCUCCUCUGUCCCCACUGGUGAUGGGGGCGUAGCAUCCUCUAUCCCCUCCCAAGCCAGCCUGGCUAGCAGCGGCAGCCUGGAUCUCUUCGACCCCCUGCCUACUUCCAUGUCCACCUCAGUGAACCCGACCAGAAAGACUCCGGAGUCCUUCCUGGGUCCCAACGCUGCCCUGGUCAACCUGGACUCUCUGGUGACCAGGCCAGCCCAGCCAGCACCAGUCGUCAACCCGUUCCUAGCUUCAGCAGGUGGCUCUGCUCCAGCAGCCCACGCCAACCCUUUCCAAGUGAGCCAGCCAGCGCCCCCCACCCUCAACCAGAUGCGGAUCAGUCCCAUGCCUGCUGGCUUUGGCACCAUGCCAGAGCCGAUGUCUGUCUCCUCCCUGCCUGCUCAGCCAAUCACCAUGGUUCCACUGGCAGGGAUGGCCCCCAUGGGCCGCAUGAUGCCCGGAAUGGGUGUCGGCGCCGUCGGGGGCGUGGGGGCGAGCGCGGGGAUGAGCGCGGGGAUCCCGGCCUCCAUGUCCAUGCCACAGCCCCUGAUGAGCAUGCCACCCCAGGCUGGGUCGCAGCCCGCUGGAACCACCAACCCGUUCCUUUUGUGAGGGGGAGGGGGGAGGACUUGACCCAGAGUUACCCCUCCUUUCUCUCUUUCUUUGCUCUCUUCCACUUUGGCUCCUUAAGAAGCUUCAAAAUGAACAAGGAGAUGUCUUAUCCCAUUUAUCCCUUUAUAACCAACUCGAAGCCAGGUCUUAGUCCCAGCCCGGCCUCCUCCUACCUUAACACACUCCUUUUACUCCUUCCUCCUCGGUCUUUUUCUCUCAGUGCUACAAGCUGCCUAGUCCUGUGUGUUCCAUACUGAUCUGACGAUGAUGACCGCAAAGAGUUUGCAUCUUUCUACAGACUUACAGAGUAGCAGUGGUGUUUACAGUUUUCCCACAGAGGCAGGACAGGACCCUGUCCUCCUCAUUCACUCACCUCCUUUCCCUUACCUCUUCCCUUAGGAUUGCUCCUUUCUUCUUCUGUGGUGGAGUGACAGGGGAGUACUAACGCCAGGAUCUUUAUCUCUUCACUAGAGCUAAUCUUUUAUAAGUCCUGUCAGCUGGCGUGUGUGUGAGCGUGAGCGCACAUCUCAGUACUUUUACACUGUGUCUAUUCCAGUGGGUUUUACUUACACACACUGGAGUUACGGAUGAGAGAUGGACAGAUGUGUUUAUACUCUUGUGUGUGUAUGUGUGUGUUACUAAGCAGGGAUUUUGCACAAUUUUUAUUUCUCUCUCUCUCUCUCUUUUUUUUUUCUUUUCUGCGACUGUUGGGCUCACCGUUACACCUUAGCUAAGGGAAGGAGGCUGACCGCUAAACUCUCUCGGUACCACUCAGUCACAACUCUUUCUCGUUUGGUCACUUCCUGUCAACUUGGACCUUUUUCCCCGACCCUCCGCAUGAACUUUGACCUCGAAGGGUCAUGGGAUGAACAAUGAACACUCAUCAAACGAGAUGGACCCCUUUGUCACAGGGGUUGAAAUGACACGUAAAUGCUAUUUUUUUUUUUUGUUGGUGUGUACUCAUGCGCAGGUGUACUGUUAACGCUCAGAUACUAACAGCCACAUGACGAUGUAUUUGUCCCGCCAGUGUGUGUUUAGAGAAAAAAAAGACAUGAACUGUGAUGGCAUCAGUAUUUUGCUAUCUGAACAUAUGGAUUCAGUGAGGCAUCAUGGGACAGUUUUUUUUUUUUUUCCCUUUCUUUCUUUUUAGUUUCUAGGGUCAAAGGGAAGAGGGUGGGUUGUGUGUGUGCGUGCGCCGUUUGCAUGAGAGAUAGGUUUAGCUUCCAAGUGUACUUUAAUGAGUUUUUUCUAAAUUUCUCAGUAAAUUGGAAGUGACUGAGAAAUGAUAUUAGUUAGUUUCUGAAGUCAGAACAGGGGAAUUAAGGUAGACAUCUGCAGCUUUAAGUGUGUAUGUGUGUGCACACAUGUGUCCUUAGUGCAACCAUAUAUCAAGUGUUACUAUGGCGACAGGUUUUUCAACAAAGCUCUGGGUUUUAAGGAGCAUGUCAGCCACACAGCAACGUCAAGAGAGUUAAACUCCAGUUGGAUUUACUGUGGCUAAUCUAGCUACAAGAACAUUACCUGGUGGACACAUAUAUACACACACACACACACACACACGGGGGUUGUGCAAGGAUUGGCCUAUUGAUAGCACAGGGAAUCCCACAGCAAACAGCAGUGAGACAUGUCACGUAAACAAGCAGUUGCUAAUUGUUGUUUUCCUUUUGUUGUUGUUCUUUUCUCGUUAGAUAGCCUUUUGGAGUUCUGGAGCUGUGUACUAGCAUGUAUUCAUCUUCAUUCUCUCUUUUGUCCAUUUCCUGUCAUUUUAGUUGUUUUGUUUUUUGUUUUUUUUCUCACCCUAUGGGUAGGCUAUGUAAUUCUCUUCUCUUAGAAGCACAACUGUUACCAAAGUCAUAGCGACUGUGAUUUCUGAGGACGUCGUACUUUUGAGUAGUUUUGAACGGUAGGGUCACACUUCACUGACAUUUGUUAUUUUUUUCUGUUCAUGGAUGCUCACGAUAUCAGAGACUCCAUUAUUAUAUAUAUAUUUUUUAAUAUUUCAGAGCUAUAUGUGCAUAAGUUUGUGUAAGAAAGUGUUACUGCUGGCUGAAUAUCGGCACAUUUACUGAGCGUCUCAGACAGCAGACGGUGGGUGAGUAGACCCUUCUUCUCUUUAGGUCACUGUAAUCCCUUUUUCAAGUUCUGUUCAUCACUGCCAAUGUUAUUACUGUGGAUGGGAUGUUCUUUUUUUUUUCUUUCCUUAUGGUGUGAGUUGGCGCCCUCUCCUGGUCUGCUGUGGUAUGAUAGCUAUGCCACAGGACCCCCCCUUGAUUAUUUCCACUAAACGCAGACCUUCAUUUCUCUCAGGCAAAAGGAGGGGCAGCUCCAACUGUGUGUAUGAUUUUGAUAAUGAUGAUUGAUGCUGAGGGUGGUGAUGAUUUUAUGCUUGGGGUCCUGAAUGAAUGGAUGUGACACUGACUUGCAGAGACCAGCAAAAUAUUUUUAACCUAAAUAUAUGCAAAAAUUGGAAUGAUGGAAAAAGUAAAAAAAAAAGAGAAAAGAUGAGAAGACUUGACGCUUGAGGUGUUUUGCAAUGUUAGAUUUGCAAAUGAAGUCCUGUUUAUCGAGAUGCUACUAUGAUAUUCUAGCGAAGACACGUGUCUUUCUCACUGGCCUUGAUUUCACUGAGGCCUGACCUUUACCUUCACUCCAGCGAUAGUGGAAAAGGUUUUUAUUUAUCGAUGCAUCGAGAAAAAACAAAACAACCUUUUACCAUCUUGAACGAAAUUGAGCACUCCCCAAACAGUCAAGGUGACACUGCAGUCAAACAGUUUUUUCUUGAUCCCCCGGCAGCAGUUUCACAGUCGUGGCUAUGGUGCAGUGAAAAUGUGGCCUGUGUGUAGCGAGCUCCUCUGCGUGUUACUAUGUAUUCAGUAUGCUUUUAUCAAGAGGACUAACUGACCUUGUGGACUGUCUGUCUUUAUAUGCAUAAACAGCCUCCUUUAAUCUUUGUUUUUCCAUGUCUGUCUAUUUACCCUUCUCAUAGUACUGGGAGCAGGCUGCUUUUUUUUUUUUUUUAUUGGAUACGUGCUCAACCUGUUGGCAUUAUAACUGUAUAAUAUAAUUUAUCAUUUGUACUAUUGUAACAUACUGUUCCUCUGUAUACCUUAUUAUUCUGUGUAAUGGGUUUUUGUAGGAAAAGUCACCGUGGUAUUUUAAUGGCAUCUAAACAAACGAACGCAGCAGGCCGCACCCUGUUGGAUGAGGACAACUGUAGCUGCAUUGGUUCAAAAUAAAACGUGUAUCACUUCAGCUCUGUAA